CGUGCAGAUGCGCACUUCGCUUGCGUUCAACGAGUUGCUUGUGUGACCACUGGUGCGCAUCGCCCGCUUCCUCCCAUUGUACCAUGUACUAAUAUCGCUCGCUCACUCUCUGGCAAAUCCGUCAGGAUAUUCACUUGAGCUUCAAGCAUCAAGCACUCUCCUAACUAUCUUAUUACCGUGCCCUCUACACAAGACUGGGGCUGUAUCGCAUGGAUAACUCGAUGCUGCAGGAACCAAGGCGAAGAACAUGCGCAGGCGGUGUCUUCGCUGUCGUCUUAACACCCAUCGGACCAUGGCACCAGCUGGCAGCAGCCGCCAACGAAAUUCACAGCCCAUCGACGUCCUGCACUUGGGGUUUGUAUGACCCUGUGGCGUGCCAUCCCCCUUAUACUCGAUAUUAUCUGUCAAAAUGCAAAUAUCAAUUGCUACAGGUCGCAGCUGGUCUGAUUUUAGUGGGAGGAGUUUGCAAUUGAUUGUGGACACUCUUGAUCGAUGGCGGAGUUCGAGGCGCCCAAGCCGAUCGAAGACCGCGUGUUCUGCACGUUCGCCGCGUGCACGCAGUGCGAGGGCCCUCUCUUCCACGACAGCUACAUCCGGACCAACAAACCCAACGGCCAAAAGGUAUCAAUCUAACCUCGCAACUCUCCAUUUUUUCGCCAAAUCUCACGGUUCACCUCCUCUGCUCCGCACACAGGCCAUUCGGUAGGUUCCAAUAGUACUUGUUUGCAACCAGUCAAAAUAGAAACCCUCUUAGGUGCUUUCCACACUGUUGUCCGACACACUUGACCAUCAAUGCCUGCGGCACGUCGCUUGCGAUGCAGGUUGGCGGCAACUUCUCGCGCUUUGAGUCCAUGGCAUUCGAGUCGUACUGUCGUUUCGAACGAUGUCUCGAGGGCGCCCUCGACGUUGGCGAACUUGUGUCAGCCGCCGACCUCGCGCGCUUCAGCCGCGUCAAGGACAGCGAAGAUGCAUGCGAAUGGCUUCCAGGAAAGCUUCAAUACAAGAAGAGCAGCACUGAAGAGGACUGCGGGACGCUCGUGUACCGGAUUAACCCAUCGCCACACGAGGAUCAAUGGCAGUACGCAUGGAAAGGCGGGGCGAGCAAGGUCCUACGCAACACCAAGCACGUUUUCAAGGCCUACCUCUUCAUGGUCUACCAGUACGAGCCACAAAAGGUGCUGCGCGUCAUCGGCGUCGCUCAGUCGACGCCCUUCACGCUCUCAUCGUACCGUCGCGCUUUAAGCAGCAGCGAUCUUGGGGACCCCAAUGACGGCACCACGAUCCAAUAUGACUCGAUUGACGACGGUUACCGUCUUGAGUUUAUAAAAUGUGCUUGCGCGAGUGAGACGACAUUCAAGGACACGUACAUUCGCUGCAACAAGACGGAAGGGCGCAAAGAGCUGCGCUGUUUCCCACACUGCUGUCCUGGACACCUCGUGCACUGCAGUUGUGGCGGGAAAAUCUCGUUUGCUCUCGCAGGGCCCCAGCUCAACAAAGUGCCCGCGUACUCGUUCGUAGCCUUUGCGCGCGUCGAACGCCUCAAUGAGCCGGAGCUCAAAAUGGGUGAUGUUCGGUCGCACGCCAGUCUCACGGCCGAGCACGAGAGUGGCGGUGAGUGGGUCCCUGGUGUCCUCCUUCCGCCGUCCACAUACUACCCCACGUCGCUCGUCUUCAAUUUCAACGACGGCUUCAAGGUCGGCUGGCCGUACCACUGGACCGCUAGCGCUAGCAAGGAAAGCCGCAGCACGCGCCAUGUGUGGCGUGGCUAUAUGUUUAUGCGGCUACCGGGCGACGACAGCGCGUUCACGCAGGACUUGCGUGUGAUUGCGUCAGUGCAGUCACCGGCUUUCACUUUGCUCUCCUACCGGCGCAACAACGAGACGCGAACGUCGCGCACGAACCGCCGCAUCAUUGUCGAAGCGAAAACAGUCGCGGAUGUGACGCCGAUCGACGUAUCGAUGGUUGUUCCUGCACUUAUACCACAAGACCCGUCGCCCAAGUCGAUCGCGCACCCACCGCUCCAGCGCCGGAGCUCGGCGAUGCAGCUAAUUUUGAACGAUGACGAUGAAAACACGGCGCCGACGCAGGUCGAUGGUGACACAACCAGCCCCGCAACGACACCCGUUGCGUCGGCGAGUAUGCUGCGCCUCAAGAACAUCAUGAGCGACGACAUCAAGAAGCCCAAACGCCGUCGUGUGGCUGACUGCUAAGAUCCCUUGUUGUCACUGUGGCUCCCUUGCAAACGAAGCCAGACGACGGCGGUAUUUCUAGCGUGUAUAUAUAUGUUGUAAUAACGAAUGCAGUACGAUGGAUGGAUGGACGAUCGAUCAAUCCCAUUCUCGGACCCUUGGAUGGUCCCAAUGACUGUGUGUACACUCCGUUGAUUCAAGUGCAGACCAAUAGUUGAUCGGCAGCUCAAUGACUUUAGUUCACGCUAAUCAUAACAG